AUGUACCAUCCACGAGAGUUGUACCCCUCCCUGGGGACUGGCUACCGCCUUGGGCCCCCGCAGCCUGGGGCAGAUUCCGGCUUCCCGCCUGGCCUGGCAGAAGGCUACCGCUACCCUGAUCUGGACACCCCCAAACUGGAUUGCUUCCUCUCUGGAAUUGAGGCUGCUCCCCGAACUCUGGCUGCUCCCCCACCUCUACCCCCGCUGCCCCCAGCCCUGGGCACUGAGCCGCCCCCUCCAGCCCCAGAGGGCCUUCACUCCCUCCCUGGAGUCAGCCUGAGCCUGGAGAACCGGGAGCUGUGGAAAGAGUUCAGCUCCGUGGGAACAGAGAUGGUCAUCACCAAAGCUGGGAGGCGCAUGUUCCCUGCUUGCCGAGUGUCAGUCACUGGCCUGGACCCCGAGGCCCGCUACCUGUUUCUUCUGGAUGUGGUUCCCGUGGACGGGGCUCGCUACCGAUGGCAGGGCCGGCGCUGGGAGCCCAGCGGCAAGGCAGAGCCCCGCCUGCCCGACCGCGUUUACAUUCACCCCGACUCUCCUGCCACUGGUGCCCACUGGAUGCGGCAGCCUGUGUCUUUCCAUCGUGUCAAGCUCACCAACAGCACACUGGACCCCCAUGGCCACCUGAUCUUGCACUCCAUGCAUAAGUAUCAGCCCCGCAUACACCUGGUGCGGGCCGCCCAGCUUUGCAGCCAACACUGGGGGGGCGUUGCCUCCUUCCGCUUCGCCGAGACCACGUUCAUCUCCGUGACAGCCUACCAGAACCCACGGAUCACACAACUGAAGAUCGCAGCCAACCCCUUUGCCAAGGGCUUCCGGGAGAAUGGCAGAAACUGUAAGAGGGAGCGAGAUGCCCGUGUGAAGAGGAAACUGCGGGGCCCAGAGCCAGUAGCCACGGCAGCCUACGGGAAUGGAGAUGUCCCAGGGGGUCCCUGCGAUUCCACACUGGGUGGAGACGUUCGUGAGUCAGAUCCAGAGCAGGCCCCAGCGCCCGGGGAAGCUGCCCCGGCCCCAGCUCCUCCCUGUGGUGGCGCCAGUGCUGAGGCCUACCUUCUGCACCCUGCAGCUUUCCAUGGGGCCCCUGGUCACCUUCCAACCAGGAACCCCAGCUUCCCUGAGGCUCCAGACUCUGGGCGCCCAGCCCCUUACUCAGCUGCUUUCUUGGAGCUGCAGCCCGGGCCAGCAGGCUCAGGAUACCCCGCAGCCGCAGCCCCAGCAUCCUUUGCCUCGCACUUCCUCCAAGGGGGCCCCUUCCCCCUGCCCUACCCUGGGCCUGGGGCUUACCUGGAUGUGGGCUCCAAACCAAUGUACUGAGCCUUUGCGAAGCCCCUCUGCCUCCCUCCCUGUCUUCCAUCACAAGCCUCCAGUUCCCUUCCCCCAGGCCUGUUGCCCCCCCCUCACUCCCACAGGCCCCAUCCCCCACACCAAAUGGCUACCUUGGGCCUCCCCCACCCCACUUCACACUUUGAUUUCCCUCCCACCCCCCUCUGGCUUCAAAGCUCUGGCUAAGCUGCUGGAGUCCAGCUGGGGCCAGCUUCCCCUUCCCGGCUCUCACCUCGGUGUGAAUGGAGGGAGGCUCUGCCUGGCCAAAUGGGACCUGGGACCAGCACUCCCACCUCCCAGCCUCACCCUUGGGGCUCGGCAAGUUCUACCCCCUCACCCCAGUGGAAGCCACACCGGUCUGUUCUCAGGACCAGAGUAUUUUUGUUAA